AUGCCGCCUGGCCCACUCCUCUCGGGCGACUCCCGCGUCGUCGCCGUCCUCGACGCGCGCAGCUUCCGCGUCCUCCUCGACGACUCCCGCGUCGACAAGGACGGCACGCUCGACGGCACCUACAUACCCUCACUCGCGCUCUUCGGCGGCCACCGCCCGCUCGCGUUCCUCGACGGCACCGACCCGCGCCACGCCGCGCUCAAGCGCUGCGGGCCGGAGCUGCACGCCAGGCUCGCCACCGAGGUCCGCGCCGUCGUCCCACCGCCGGGCACGACGAUCACCCUGUCGGACGUGGAGAAGAUGCCGCUGGUGAAGUCGUUCGUGUGGGAGACGCUGCGCAUGAACCCACCGGUGGAGUUCCAGUACGGGCGCGCGCGGCGGGACACGGUGGUGGAGAGCCACGACGCGGCGUACGAGGUGAAGAAGAGCGAGAUGGUGUUCGGGUACCGGCCGCUGGCGACGCGCGACGAGCGCGUGUUCCAGCAAGGCCGCGAGUUCGUCCCCGACCGGUUCGCCGUAUGUUCUGACGACGACGAGCGGCGGCGGAUGCUGGAGCACGUGGUGUGGUCGAACGGGCCGGAGACCGGCGCGGCUGCGGAGGGGAACAAGCAGUGCCCCAGGAAAGACGCGUGGUGGCGGUGGGGCGGCUGA